AUGUCGCCGAUCUCGAGUACACAUUCCUCUACGGAAACGGACCCAGACUACAAACCGGAGAUUCAGCUACGUAGCCCCACAAAGAACGAAGACAGUGUGAACUGCCACCCUUGGAAUACGCGUGGACGACGUCUAUUUCCCCAACGCCGCCCUUCACUACCAACUUCUAUAAGCCGCAAUGUGAAUGUCAAACCCGGCUCCCCACCCUUCGAAACCUCGCCUCCGAGCGAUCACUCCCCUAUCAAUCACCAAGAAUACGACAGCAACACCAGCAGUCCAGACUCCGUUGACUCCGCCACCACAGUAAAAGUCCGUAUGUCUCCUAGCCCUGACCGGCCAUUUCCAGAGACAGACUCGAGGGUUGGGGAAGUAGCCCGUGUCUGUAGGCCUUGCCUGGCUGGAUCGCUCCCUGGAUCUUGCUCAGCCGGACCGCCGAUCAUCCCUUACAAGUCAUCAAACAACAGCUUGGAGACCAGCCUUUCUGCGCCACUGUAUACCGAUACGCCUGCUCGUGGCAAUCUUCAGUGGACGUCUAUGGCACAGUUCCACAAAUCUGGGCAUCGUCUGAGACCCAGGACCCCAUCGCAACUACCGAAUGGCGAGCAAAUGACCCGUGAUUCAGACAAAUCUCAAGAUGCGCUUGUCCGUACAACUGACACGUUCAAAGGCAACUUACCAAUUGAAAUUGUUCCUUGCAAGUGGAGCCAGUCACCAGGAAUCACCCCCUACCCCGAGUUGUUACCAAUCGAAGCCCAUCAAGACUGGGGCCGAGAAGAGGAUCCUUACGUUGUUGCUAAGGACCUGAGCCGUCCUAAUGUCCCAACAGUCAAGAUCGCUACCUGGGAUUGUACGGUGAAGCUAUCAACCGUUGCCACAGUCACUGGUAAUGGAAGGCUGCAUAUCCACCAUCUGGCUCUUUUGUCGGUCAUCAUGCCAAGGGAAGAGCUCUACGCUGAGAAAGUCAGCCUCUCUUUCGUGGUCACGAAUGCGCUUCGGAACGAUCACAAAAGCAGCUUGGGGCCAGGUCAAUCCUCGUUACUGUUUAAAGAAGACGUCUCCCAGCCCGGUUUUUUCCCGCGCGAAGGGGCAGAAUUGGUGAUUGUACGCGACAGCUGUGAUCUUGAGAAGCCGCUCAAUCUGUACUUCGCUUUCACAUAUCCAUCACCUUGUCACUUUGGUAUGGCAUCGCUCCCUACUUUUCGACCCAAGGAAGGAAGAUCACUCUCAGAAGUCGUUUUUAUUGCAGAACCUCUGCCACCACUGAGUAUGAGAACCUUUAUAAGAGACCCGCUAAGCAGUUGGAAAUUGUGUCAUCAUCCCGCCAGUCAAGUCACCUGCUACGAGCGAAUCGAUCUGCCUCGACUCUACCCUGCGGGCUUUCAAGAUGACAUACAGAUGAGAAUUUUAGAGCUCGAAUCUGUUCGCUUCCUAGCGCUUGGAGAAUCAACCCUUUCCAGCGUGGUUUGGAAGCUCGACAUCACGGUUCAUGAACUCCCUGAGGAACAGUUGGAGUGCCGAAUAAGCUUUUUUCUUGAGGUCGGAGCGGCUACGGCCCUUGUGUCUUUGGUUUCUCAUGGCUGGGUGCCUCGAUACUUCAUCGUUGAUGGUCGGAUAGCAACCGAAAAGGUUGGAGGGUGCUGGGAGAACAAGGAAGGGCACAUAACAAUUUUCAAACAGGCUCACAUGGGCCCUGGUCCAAUCAUGAUAGAGACUUACUGGCAAGGACCUCCAAAAAAUGAAGAACGUGAUGGCAACAGCACCGACAAUUCUCCGCUACCUAGGGUUGCGGAUCGCAAAGUGCUUGGAGGGAGAUUGACGUGCCAAGCUAACAAAAUUGUUCUUCUAAACCACGUUGAGGAAAGAAUCCGCCCAUAUGGCCCUGAUAACGGGACUUACACCCUACUUCCAACCAUGGAUGCUGGUUAUAUGAUCCUUCUUAAACGCGUCACAAAGCCUUCCGAGCAUACUGUUUUACGUUCAGACGCUGAAGUGAAAAUGGAUCAUGGGAGAGGCUUGAGCCAUAUUGCCAAUGACGUGAAAGGGGAAGCAGCCCCGAAACGCUUACUGCAGGCUAUGUUACCGUCAUUACUCGUUCUGCUUUUGUUGGUUCCGGGUUUCCUGCUCUUUGUCGGACACGUUCGUAAGGGAAACAAUCACAAUGAGCGCACAAGUUGGAGGGAGAUGAGUCGGGACGGGGAAAGGCCCCAAACGGUCAUAGAUUGGUUGGGCUUGGACCCCUUGCAACCCGACGUUGCAGCGACGGACAAACCCAUCGAGGUAGCGAAGUGUGAGGGAUGGAGGGAUUGGGUUGAUUAUGGGAGUGGAUGGAAUGGAUGUAUCCCCUGA